CUCUCGUGCGGUUUCAAGUGUAAGGUUUUCUUCUGUUUUUAUCAAAAUCGCACACGAAUUCUUGCGUUUUUGCAGUAUUUCAGCGCCGAAUAGCAGCAACGUGUAGAUUUUGUCUUGCCCGCAACUACCGUGUCUGAAAUCAGGAAUAGCCAGCCGAAAUUUACUUUCCAAAGUCCACUCUCAAGCAUUUUAUCGAAUACUUGGUGAAAAUCUUUUCACCGCCUUUUGGGAUUGCUUCAAAUGCACUGAGACAAGAAGGGAAAAACAUGCAGUCAACAUUUGCUUCGAGGUGUUUGGAGAUCAUGAGUCGCUCCACGCCUUCUCGUUGUUUUAAUCAAAUUUCGCAGGCAGUUCUGCACCCACCUCGCGUUGCGAUUGAAUCUAAUCUGAGCUCCGUUUUUCCUGGAGCUAGAAUUCUGUCAAGUAAACCCAGGUUGUGGAGCUCCGCAAGAACGAGGCCGCAUGUGCUCAAGCUCAACGCUUUCCUCUCCGAUUUCCCCUCUAGACCUCCUCAGAACCCCAUUUCCUCGCCCAAUGGGCAUGCUCUGUUUUCAACAGAGGCAAAACCAGCAACAAAGCAAGAGCAGACGACGACAUUGAAGAGAAUUGGAGCUUCUGGAGAGCAAGUCGCAGAUACUAAAAUCAUCGCAACUCUCGCUAAAUACCUUUGGAUGAAAGAUAAUGUUGAAUUUCGGUUUCGUGUCAUUGCGGCCUUGGGCCUCCUAAUUGGCGCCAAAGUUGUUAAUGUUCAGGUGCCGUUCUUGUUUAAGCUUGCUGUUGAUUGGUUGGCAACAGCCACUGGCAAUGCUGGUGCUCUUGCUGAAUUUACUGCUGCUAAUUCAACUAUAUUAGCUCUUUUUGCAAGCCCAGCUGCGAUUCUGAUUGGAUAUGGUAUAGCGCGGUCAGGGGCAUCUGCUUUUAAUGAACUGCGAACUGCAAUAUUCUCUAAGGUGGCUUUGAGAACAAUUCGACAGGUUUCCCGGAAGGUCUUUUCACAUUUGCAUGAGCUUGACUUACGAUAUCACCUUAGUCGAGAAACAGGUGCUCUUAAUCGAACUAUUGAUCGUGGUAGCCGAGCUAUAAAUUUUAUUCUUUCAUCAAUGGUCUUCAAUGUUGUACCUACUAUAUUAGAGAUAUCAAUGGUAUCUGGCAUCCUUGCCUAUAAGUUUGGAGCACCAUUUGCAUGGAUUACUUCUUUGUCUAUGGCAGCAUAUAUAGCUUUCACAUUAGCUGUGACACAGUGGAGAACCAAGUUUAGGAAGGCAAUGAAUAAGGCUGAUAAUGAUGCUAAUACACGUGCCAUUGAUUCUUUAAUUAAUUAUGAGACUGUCAAGUAUUUCAACAAUGAAGCUUUUGAAGCUGAUAAGUAUGAUGAGUUUCUCGAGAGAUAUGAAGAUGCAGCCUUAAAAACCCAAAGAAGUCUUGCCUUUUUAAACUUUGGCCAGAAUUUGCUAUUUAGUGCAGCUAUCUCAACAGCCAUGGUAUGGUGUUCAAGUGGGAUAAUGAACGGCAAUAUGACCGUUGGAGACUUGGUCAUGGUAAACGGGCUACUUUUUCAACUUUCUCUUCCACUCAACUUCCUUGGAAGUGUAUAUAGAGAAACAAUUCAAAGUUUGGUGGACAUGAAGUCCAUGUUCCAAUUACUUGAGGAAAAGUCCGAAAUUGUGGAUGCGGAUGAUGCCAAGCCUUUGAAACUAUAUGGGGGUACUGUUGAAUUUGAAGAUGUUCACUUCAGUUAUCUGCCAGAUAGGAAGAUUCUUGAUGGGAUAUCAUUUGUUGUGCCAGCUGGGAAAAGUGUAGCUAUUGUUGGUACCAGUGGAAGUGGGAAGUCUACCAUUCUAAGACUGCUUUUCAGAUUCUUCGACACCCAUUCUGGAUGUAUAAAAAUAGAUGGGCAAGAUAUUCGAACAGUAACACUUGAAAGCCUUAGGAAAUCCAUUGGUGUUGUUCCUCAAGAUACUGUGCUGUUCAAUGAUACUAUAUUCCAUAACAUACAUUACGGUCGCCUUUCAGCAACAGAAGAGGAGGUAUAUGAUGCUGCUCGUCGGGCAGCAAUUCAUGACACGAUCAUGAAUUUCCCUGAGAAAUAUUCAACUGUCGUAGGGGAAAGAGGACUUAAGUUGAGUGGCGGUGAAAAGCAACGAGUAGCACUUGCUCGUACAUUCUUGAAAGCACCUCCAAUAUUGUUUUGUGAUGAAGCUACAAGUGCGCUUGACAGCACAACCGAGGCAGAGAUUCUAAAUGCACUGAAAUCCCUGGCAAAUGAUCGGACUUCAAUUUUUAUUGCUCAUAGGCUCACAACGGCAAUGCAAUGUGAUGAGAUUGUUGUUCUGGAGAACGGGAGAGUAGUAGAACAAGGACCACAUGAUGUUCUAUUGUCGAAGUCUGGCAGAUACGCCCAACUUUGGACACAGCAAAAUUCUACCGUUGAUGCCAUUGAUGCAGCCAUCAAGCUGGAGGCUUGAACUCCACAUUCUCUAUUUGCUUGUGCGCUACAAAUAGGGAAAAAGAGUGCAUAUAUUUGAGGUUUCAUUCUCAGAGUUAUCUAAACUUCUGCAGAAAUCACAUACAUUGUAACUAUUGUAGGUCUAUAUUUGAUUUUUUUUUUUUUUUUUUUUUUACCAAUUUUGGCUCUAGCAGCAUUCAUGUAAUCAUAUGCAUGAGGGUCCUUUUUCUCUUUCGUUCCUUUUUCUCUUUCGUUUAUUUUAAAGAUUGU